ACACAUGGUUUGAUGAGUUUGGUGUGUAGGAACCAGGGGCGGACUGACCAUUCGAACACUCGGGCACUGCCCAAGGGCCCGGGGUCAGUAGAGGGCCCCAUGAAAUGCCCCUGGUACCUUUUUUAUAGGCUUUUUUGGUGUGGGCAAGGACACAGGGGCCCCGUGAGCCCCUAUCGCCCGGGGGCCCCAUGAGUUGUCAGUGCACCCCUGGUUGAGAGAGAGGUCUUCUGUUGCUGGCUGCUGGAGGAUCUAUUAAUUCUAGUUGCUGGGAGAUCUGUUGUUGCAGAGGGUCUAAUGUUGCUGGGGUGGUAUCUUGUUGUGAGCAGGGGCGGACUGACAACUCAUGGGGCCC